AUGUCGACGAUACAAGAAAUUAUCAAAAUUCUUAUCCUUCGGCCCGAUGAUUUUACUAAAACUCAUGCGCACACUGCGAUCGCCGAGAUUAUGCGACAAGAGGCAACUUCAGCGCAAAUAGCGGCAUUCUUAGUAUCCUUGAAACUUCAAAAUAAGGAUACCGACCCAGAAAUAGUCACCAGUUGCGUUAAUUCGAUGCUCGAUUUUGCAGUUGAGUUAGAUUUCUCAAUGUACGAUGGUUUGCAGGAUUCUCUUGUGGACAUCGUAGGAACAGGAGGUGAUGGUAUGAACACUUUCAAUGUAUCAACCACAUCGGCAAUCGUUAUUGCGGGCGCAGGGUGCAAGGUGGCAAAGUUUGGAAAUAGAUCCGCCUCCGGAAGAUGCGGUGCUGCCGACAUUCUCGAAAAAGUUGGCUGUGAUAUCAUCAAUUUAAAAGCGUCGAGGGUGCCCCAUAUAAUCGAUUCCUCAAACUUUUGUUUUCUGUUCGCGCCAACUUUUCAUCCAGCAGUAAAAAAUGCGGCAGCCCCACGUCGGGAAAUUG